UGCCACAAAAAGGACUCCAUUUCCCGGCGUGCCAUGGGGGGCGGUAGUUCCGGCCGCUGUCGGGUUUGUUGUGUAGAGUCAGGCAGUCAGUGAUUUGGUAAGAUGGCGGCUGCGGCGGUAGUGGAGUUUCAGAGGGCUCAGUCUCUCCUCAGCACGGACCGCAACGCGUCCAUCGAUAUCUUACAUUCAAUAGUGAAGCGUGACAUCCAGGAGAGCGAUGAGGAGGCUGUGCGGGUCAAAGAGCAGAGCAUCCUUGAGCUGGGAUCCCUGCUGGCCAAGACGGGCCAGGCUGCAGAGCUGGGGGGCCUGCUGAAGUACGUGCGCCCCUUCCUGAACUCCAUCAGCAAGGCCAAGGCGGCCCGCCUGGUGCGCUCCCUCCUGGACCUCUUCCUGGACAUGGAGGCGGCCACGGGCCAGGAGGUGGAGCUGUGCCUGGAGUGCAUCGAGUGGGCCAAGUCGGAGAAGAGGACCUUCCUGCGCCAGGCUCUGGAGGUGCGCUGCCCUUCUCCCGUGUUUUGGGCUUUUUCAUACAUGGCGUUAAUAUAUAGUGAUGGUCUUGCCUUGGCAGGGUCCCAGCUACUGCAGGAGCUGAAGAAGAUGGACGACAAGGCUCUGCUGGUGGAGGUUCAGCUCCUGGAGAGCAAGACGUACCAUGCCCUGAGCAACCUCCCCAAGGCGCGGGCAGCCCUCACCUCUGCCAGGACCACUGCCAAUGCCAUCUACUGUCCGCCCAAGCUGCAGGCUGCCCUGGACAUGCAGUCAGGGAUCAUUCACGCCGCGGAGGAAAAGGACUGGAAGACGGCGUACUCCUAUUUCUACGAGGCAUUUGAGGGCUACGACUCGAUCGACAGCCCCCGAGCCAUCACUGCUCUCAAAUACAUGCUCCUCUGCAAGAUCAUGCUGAACUUGCCGGAGGACGUGCAGGCUUUGAUCAGUGGGAAGCUGGCUCUGCGAUAUGCAGGACGACAGACAGAUGCGCUGAAAUGUGUUGCACAAGCUAGCAAGAACAGGUCAUUGGCAGACUUUGAAAAGGCCCUCACGGAGUAUAGAGCAGAGCUGAGGGACGACCCCAUCAUCAACACUCACCUGGCCAAGCUCUACGACAACCUGCUGGAGCAGAACCUCAUCCGGGUCAUUGAGCCCUUCUCCAGAGUGCAGAUAGAACACAUAUCAACUCUCAUCAAACUGUCAAAGGGGGACGUCGAGAGGAAAUUGUCACAGAUGAUUCUGGACAAGAAAUUUCACGGGAUCCUGGACCAGGGAGAGGGGGUGCUGAUCAUAUUCGAUGAGCCUCCGGUAGACAAAACGUAUGAAGCAGCUCUUGAAACCAUCCAGAACAUGAGCAAAGUAGUGGAUUCGCUCUACAACAAAGCAAAGAGGCUAACAUAGAAGUCCAGGCUGCAGUACGUGGAGAAUGUGUGAGACCAGCGAGCGGAACAUUUUGGGGGGAGGGGAGAGCUUAAACAAAAUACAAAACUAAAAAACAAAAAACUGCGACAGGAUUCCUCUGUUUCCUUCUGCUUUCACUCCGAAAGUUUUUAACGUCUCCCUCAACGGACGAAACUUCUCGAACUCCUUUCUUCAUCGCCAUCAUCAUCGUCACCUUUUUGUUUUUCUCCUUUUCAGGUGUCUGUAUAAACACUCAGCGGCCCCAGCCGGCUAUCAGGGAAUAUUGUAAAAUAACGAUAAACAUAUACAUUAUAAAUAUAUAUACAUAUAAACCUCCGAGAUAAUAAAACCGUUAGGAUUACACUGCCUAAAGAGUGUACUCUGUUGCCCCUCUAGGGUUAAAGCUGUCUUGUGACCCACCAGUACUGGUCUGGGGACUUUGUCAAAGGCACGCAGGGGAAGAUGCUCGUCUUGUAGAGACGUUUGCAAAGUUGCGAAAUUUGUACGCCUACUUCCCUCUGUCCUGUCAGAAUCCCGCUGUGUACUCUCGGUUGUAACUUCCGUGCACGGCUGGUUGAAGCCAGGCGUCUCCAGACCUCGUCCUGGAGAACUGGUGUGUCUGCGGGUUUUCCAGCUCUCUUUAAAAUCACUAGCUCCCGGAGAGCUGGGAGGUGUUGAUAAACUGGUCCAAUGAAGCCAGUACAAAGCUGACUAGUACCGUUAAGAACUGAGAUGGAACAAAAACAAGCAGACAUGCUGACCCUCCUGGUCUAGGAUUGGAGAUCCCUCUUUUAGGCUAAAGAGGUAACGGCUUCUAAUAAUAAAAUGGAGCAGGGCAGCAGAUCAGAAAUUACCCCAGGCCGUCAUGUACUUCAUGGUGUUAACCCCGCCAAGUGUUGUUGUCAGUCCCUUCUGCUACCAGGUCCACUUUUAUAAAAACAAAUAUCUGAAUCCAACCAAGUCCUGUAAAGACGAGUGUUUUUGGAAAGCAGGGUGAAGUACCUGUAACAACGCCACCCUAUUUUCUUCAGUUGGGGGAUUGUUAAAUUUAGUCUCCCAAAAGGACAGUGUCCACCUAGCCCUCCUCUGUUUUGCAGAUGUCCCCGGUGAAUGUCCCCGUAGAUCUGGUGACACUCUAGUCUUGCCAUUACCUAGUCCUACAGAGGAUGGAACAGGGCAGUGUGUGUGUGGGGGGAGGGGGGAGGUUUAAAAUAGUGGGGCUCUCCAACUCAACUCUGCCUGCAGUGAUGGUUCACAAACUACAAUACAGUACUUUAUUAGCCAAACUCUGUAUUUUUAUGGUUUUAUUUUGCUUUUCUUUAACAAAAGGAAACAAAAUUCAGUUCAAAUAAAUGUUUUCUAUUUUUAUGACUCUCCUCUGCCUCUUGGACGGUAUACAGAAUGAAUGCAGUUUUCAGUGGGUUCUCUUGCCCCUGUGUCUUUCAAGAUGGAGAAUGAUUGUGUGGGUGCUUGUUUGUGAAGUGGGGGAUUGGGGUCCUGCUUUUAAAGGGAAUGCAAUUAGAAAAAUGGGUGUGUUCUGCCUUUCAUCUAGUAUAGUUCCCAAAAGUGACGAGAGAAAUCUCAAAGGAAUGUCUGAAACGUAGACCUCUCAUUAAUGAGCUCAGCAUCCGGUCUCUGCUAAGUUAGCACGAGAUUUUUCACACCUGCUAGCAGCCAUUCAGUUUGUCCACGAAUCUUGAAGGAUUUAGUAUUAUUUACAAUCUUGCUCGUGUGCAGACAAUACAGCUUGGAAUAAAGGGACUCCUCUUUCCUUCAGUUGAGUCAAAUUCUGCAGUCUGAUAGAUAGACUAGCAUGUCUCAGCUUUAGAAUGUGACUUGGAAACGUGGCUGUUCAGAGCUCAAGGGGUUUAUAUGGCCCAGGGCAGGCCAUUUCCUCUUGGGAAGGGAAAACUUAAAGUCUGGGAUUAAGCAGGUGAGGGGGACCUUUGAUCUGAGCGAUGGAAGAUCAAGCUCACUGCUGAAAAGUAUAUUUUGAUUCCAUCCAGUCAGUUAUGUGGAAAAGUUCAAUGCAUAACUGACUGCACUAUAACUCAAGUGACUGGAGUUAUAGAAAAUGCCACCUCUACUGCCACCCCCACAUCAAUAUCGAUCCAAUUCCUCUUCGCAAUGUGAAGAGGAGGGCAAGGUCUCAGCAGUGCAAGCUGAGAGACAGGUGACCGUGCACACUGGGUAGGUAUUGGUGUUGUGUUGCCAAAACUGCUUUUGCAGGCUUUCAUUACUACCUUAAAUAUAUUCUCUGGGGUUUUACCUGCAGUAACAAUCUGUAGAGAUCUUGAUCAGCUGAGGAGAGGGGCUUUACUGUGACGUGGCAGCACAAGGUCAAAAGCUACAAGAAUCUUCAGGUACUUUAUACUCUGAGAAAGGCACCUUUCCACAACUGAGAUAAGUCUAAGAACACGUUGAGAUGCAAACAACUUCAUGCCUAUUGGUUGUUUUCAUAGUUCUUAAGAUUAAUGACGCUUCUCUCACCCUUAUAAAAAAAAAAAAGUCUUGAAGAGUGGCGUCAAUUCUUUUUACUCUUUAUUCUUUUUGAAAUGCAUGUUGAAAAGUCCUUUGGAAGUCUAGGACUUGCUCUUGUGUUCUGAGCUGCCGGAGCAUCUGUUCUUGUGGAUCAGCCUCCAGGGAACAAAGCAUGGGAUGAGGGUGGUUUCAUCUGGAACAUCUGACCCUUUGUCAGAGGAGCGGGUUUUAAUCGUCCACACCUCUGAGCUUCAGGAGCUUUUCAAUUCCAUGGAUUGGGUUAGGGUUAGGUUUGUGUAAGGAAUAGUGGACAUGAUGUGUGGGGUGUGGUGCACCAUUUUUGCAUGGUUUAUCUGAAUAGAACUCCAAAGGGAUCAUGGCAAUUUUUUUUAUGUGCAUGUGGGUUUUUAAAACGAGCAUUUAAACGUUAUCCAAACCAUUGCUUGAAAGUACUCUAUACUGAAGAAUCAGCAUUUAUCUAGGAUUGCUCACUCUGUCGGCUUAGAUGUGAAGCAAUAGCAUUCAGACUCUGAAAGUUGCAGUGGGUAUGACCUGUUUUGUUUCAGCCAGAUUGGGUUGGAGUGAGAAACACAGGGUCUAUUUCAUUCUCAAGUCAAAUUUUAUUUAUUGCUUUUCCCUCAUACGGUCCCUUCUCUUUUACUCCAGUUAGAGAUUUGGCUAAUUUCAUUGAGGUCAAGGUGUCCCUUUGCAGGGAGCUGUGUCUGCAGAGUUGUGUUAUUGUCAUGAAGGGAUACACACCGGACCUGCUCUUUUUGUUUUUUCAAGGAUGUUCCACACAAGUGUAAUUUUCAUUGUUUUUUACAAACGGAUGGGAUUUUUUUAAUGUUGCAAAACGGGGAACUGUGGAUUUCGGAACUCUUCCCGAGGGUAGAAAUUCAAUACCCAAGAAUGCAUUUUUAACUAUUUUUCACGUAUAUACAGUAUGUUAAGAUUGUGUUUCCUUUUAAAAAAAAACAUUUGUGGCGGAAAUUCCACUGUCGGAGAACAUUCUUGAAAUUCUCUGUUGGUCCGUGUUGUUAGAUCGCUAAAGCCCCUUCCUGAUUCUGUUUGUCCAGUGGACAGAUGGUCCUCUUGCAGCACAGUCACUCCCCUGCUGUUACUGAUCAGACCUGAGCCAGGAUGAAGCUCUCACUGGCCAGACUGCAGCGAUGCACAAGCCAGGAACAUGAUUUGUAGCUGGAGAAGAAAAAAGAAUAUUACAACCUAAAAUCCCCCCUUUUAAUAUAACAUAAGCUAAAUUAUUACAGAUGUCUCCAGCCACUGAUGUCUCCUGAACCACUAUCUGGGAGAUCUUUUAAUUUUUCUGCGCUCUGGGUUAAUUUGCUCUCCUAGGAAAACCAAAGUGUUAGGGGCAAGGACAGAAGGAAAUGCUGCCAGAGGUAAAUGGGCGAGGCUCCUGGUUGUUUUCAUAUAGCAUUAAGACCAUGCCUGGGUUGGCAGCAGUAUGUGUCCUGCUGGUCUCCUGGGUUAACUGGAGGCCGAACAUAGUCCCUUUGCCAGGAGCGCGAUCCUGCAGGAAUCACGCCAGUUCUGGGUGGCGGUGGUAGCAGAAACAAGCGGGUUAGAGCCUGGUAGAAACUUGUUUCAAUAUAUUUUUUUAACUCUCUUCCCCCCUUCUGGAAACUUAAAGAAGGGACACGAGAUGGUGGGAGCUCACAUUCGCUGGAAACUUCAGGCAGUUGUAAAUUCUGAACUCGAGCGCCUUUCAUCCCUUGUCUUCAUAUUUCUCCCCUGCUUGGUCGCUGUGUCGUUCGGGCCCUGCUGUCCUCCGUGUGUUAUUUUGCGACAAGAGUUCACCUCGGGUUUUUAAUAAGCGGUCGUCGGGACAUUUGCAGUUUGAGUUCUUUGUAACUUUCCCUUUCCCUGUUCAUAACAUCCCUCUGUCGACAGAUUUGCUUUCAGAAUUCUUUCCUUUUUUAAAAAAAAAAAACCUUUCCGUUUCUGUCCUAUUCUCCAGUUUGUAUGAUACCCUCAGCCCAGCCACACACACCCCCCAAACCAAAAAAAGAAAAAAAAUGGUAUGAUCGCUUGUUUUGAGUUUCUAAUGCCAUCAAUAUCAAAUGUACAAACGGUUCUUGCUGACCCAACAAUAACUGAGUAUCUCUGAUGUUCAGAUGAGUUCAAAUAAACUUUUUUUCAAAAAAAAA